AUGACGACUGAGGAUCCUGCUUCCGCUGAAAAACGCGACAAUACCGCCGCUGAAUUGGGAGAUGAGGAAAACAGCGAUGAUGAGGUCUUCCACGAUGCGCGAUUCCCUGCGGAGGAAGAAGCUAGCCUCCUGAAAGAAUCCCAGGAAAUCAAGAAUGAAGCGAAUAAGCUAUAUAGUGCUGGAUGCUACGACCAGGCAAUCUCCUCAUACGAUCGCGCUCUCGCCUCCUGCCCGAACUACCUUGACUACGAUGUCGCCGUGCUUCGGUGUAACAUAUCCGCGUGCUAUCUGAAGCUAGAAGACUGGAAAUCUGCAAUUGAUACAGCUACCAUGUCCCUUGAACGACUUGAAAAGAUCAUCCCUACAGAAUCGCCCAAGGGCACAGACCGAACCGAUAACAAAGAUUCGAAGCCAACGAGCAGCACAACAAAGGACAACGACGCCGUGGUGGAAAUUUCAGGAGAUGAUGCCGAAUCAGAGGAGACGGAACUACAAAGAUUGAAGGAGCUUGAUGAGACAAGAACCAAUGUUCUUCGAAUUCGGGCCAAGGCCCUCAUGCGACGCGCUAAGGGGAAGUUACAAUCCGGUGGUUGGGCGAACUUGCAGGGUGCAGAGGAGGACUAUAAAGUUCUUAGUGGAAUGGAUAAUCUUCCUCCAGAAGAUAGGCGGAUUGUCCAGCGAGCUCUCCGAGAGCUUCCCGACCGUCUCAAAGAAGCUCGGGAUAAGGAAAUGGGCGAGAUGAUGUCCAAGAUGAAAGACCUUGGCAAUGGCAUUCUAAAGCCAUUUGGAUUGUCCACGGACAAUUUCAAGUUUGUGCAGGAUCCCAAUACGGGUGGAUACUCUAUGAACUUCCAGUCUUGA